CUUGGAAAUAUAAAAUGUUCAAAGGUUGACUUUUCUUUAGAAUAAAGAUGAGAAUUUUACGUGGUUUGAUUAAAAGAUCGCCAUUAUCAAGACAGUCUCCCGUGCUUGCUUCGAUAAGAAGUGCAUCCCAGACCAAUCAAAAAACUGUCAAAAUAGUAGAGGUUGGACCUAGAGAUGGACUACAAAAUGAAAAGGUUACUGUACCAACGGAAGCAAAAAUCAAGCUCAUCAACAUGUUAUCAGAGACUGGCUUGACUGCUGUUGAASCCACUAGUUUUGUGUCUCCUAAGUGGGUACCACAGAUGGCUGAUCAUUCUGAAGUCAUGAAAGGAAUUAAGAGGAAUCCUUCUGUGUCAUAUCCUGUUUUAACUCCUAAUUUGAAGGGAUUCGAGGCUGCACUUGAAGCAGGGGCUGAGGAAGUGGCCAUUUUUGGUGCUGCAUCUGAAUCCUUUAGCAGAAAAAACAUCAACUGUUCUAUAAAAGAAAGCCUUCAGAGGUUUGAAGCAGUAUGUGAGGCAGCAAAAAAGAAAGGUGUUCGUGUUAGAGGAUAUGUAUCAUGUGUUGUCGGUUGUCCAUAUGAAGGUUCUGUCAGUCCAAAAGCUGUUGCAGAGGUGUCUCGUACGAUGUUUGAUAUGGGUUGCUAUGAGAUUUCUCUCGGAGAUACGAUAGGCGUUGGAGCACCAGGUUCUAUAGGAUAUAUGCUUGAGGCUGUCAUGAAAGAUGUUCCUGUUCAAAACUUAGCAAUUCAUUGCCAUGAUACAUACGGCCAAGCCAUAGCAAACAUAUUGACAUCUGUACAGGUGGGUGUCCGGACAGUAGACGCUUCGGUCAGUGGUUUAGGUGGGUGUCCCUACGCGGUGGGURCUUCUGGUAACGUAGCAACGGAAGAUGUGGUGUACAUGUUACAUGGAAUGGGAUUUAAUACUGGUGUGGACUUGCGCAAACUAAUAGAAGCUGGCCAAUUCAUCUGCAAUGUCAUCGGCAAAACAACAGGCUCCAAAGUUGCGCUAGCUUCGACAAAUCGUUCACAGGGAAAGCAAUAAGAAAUAUUAAAAAACUACUAUUUAUUAUUAGGAAUGUAAAGGAUCGAUGGGAAAAUAUGAAGACGAAUAAACUCAUUUUUAGUACACUGA